AUGGCGGUGACAUCCACAUCUUUGCAAAAGCAGAAGAAAAGUGUGAGCUUCUCUAACGCGAUCAACACUAAGACCUUCGUUGUGCCCGUCAGGUUAUGUAACACCACAUUCUUCGAAGACCCAGAACGCGUUGAGAACGUCAAGGUGCAGACUGAGGCUGCCAUUGCUGCUGGAGAACUCAUUCAUGAGGUUGCAUCGAGGAGACGCUUCAAGAACAAGAAGGCCUGGGCAGGACCUGGGAUGACUUGGGUGGUCCAGUAUGAUAAGAAGAAUGAUUGCGUGACUCACGAUCUCAUCAAGUCUGAGUUCAGAAGUGAACGUAGCGCCCUCGCGUCUGUGCCCGAAGAUGGAUCUGGAGAUGAGGGAUCGAGGGGGGGGAACCAUCAUGAGGGUCAUCAAUGGAUCAUGGAUACGGGGUGUGGGUCUGAUUUGAUUUCCAAGGCCAAAGUUGAGGACCACAAGUUGCGCAGAUCAAAGGCCAAGAAUCCCAUACAAUUUCAGACGGCCAACGGGAAUACGAAAGAUAUGGAUGUGGUUACCAUGAACAUAGUGGAGUUUGAUGAGAGCGUUGAGCCUUACGUCCUCCCUGAUACUCCCUCUGUUCUCUCGAUUG